CGAAGUUGUUCUCAAUUAUUAAAAAAAUUUAAUCAUUAGAAACCAACAAGAAUCCUACCAAGAAAAUAAACAUUACAUCCAACCUCUAAACAAGUCCAUACACAUACUCACAUUGCCGUCUUAAGAGAAUAGAACUGAGCUUAAACAUUCUCAAUAGUCCACAUAAUUAUGCUCUUUUAUUCUGAACAAAAAACAAAGAUAUGCUCUUUUAGCAGCACUUAGAUGUGCUCUUUUUGCGGUACGGCACAGCUUGAACAAAUCCCAACCGGCUAUAUCAGUAUGAUCUUUUAGCAGUACCUGCGAAAACAAUGACAAACUCACUCAUAUGGAGACACAGGCCCAUCUCCUCCUCGAACUUCUAUAUAUAUCGUUGCAACAAAUCAUUAUAGAAACACAAACAGCAACACAUUUCUUCUAUUGCAUUUCUCAAUGAAGUGUGAAUAUUUGCCAGACAUGGCUACCAUCACAUUUCUUCUCACUCUUAUUUUUCUGCUGAAUUUCUGUCCUGAGGUUGCCGAGGGAAGUAACUUUCCCAGGGCGGAUGAAGGAAUAGACAAGGAUGAGUUGAAAACUUAUGUCGUGCACAUAAAGCAACCGAAGGGACGAGUUCUUACCCAAUAUGAUGAUUUGGGUAGCUAUCACCAGUCAUUUCUGUCGGUUACCUCUGAAAACUCAAACAAACGAAACCGCUUGCUUUACUCGUACCAAAAUGUGGUCAGUGGCUUCGCAGCAAGACUGACAGAGGAUGAAGUGAAGGCUAUGAAAAUGAAGAAUGGGUUUGUGUCGGCACAUCCAGAAAGAAUGUUCCGUGUACAAACAACACAUACCCCCAACUUCUUGGGAUUGCACCACAAUAUGGGGUUCUGGGAAGAAUCAAAAUUGGGAAAGGGCGUCAUCAUUGGAGUAGUGGAUUCUGGAGUUCUGCCAAGCCAUCCUUCGUUUGGCGAUGAAGGAAUGCCUCCGCCACCUGCCAAAUGGAAAGGGAAGUGUGAAUUCAAUGGCUCGGACUGUAACAACAAAAUCAUUGGUGCAAGGUCAUUUAACAUUGCAGCCAAGGCUUCAAAAGAAGUGAACCCAAUGCCACCAUUUGAUGAUGAUGGGCAUGGAACCCACACAGCCAGUACAGCUGCGGGUAGGUUUGUGAAGAAUGCCAAUACACUGGGACAGGCUAAAGGAACAGCAGCUGGGAUAGCACCUCAUGCUCACUUGGCAAUUUACAAAGUGUGUUUUGGACCUGAUUGUCCAGAAAGUGAUAUGUUAGCUGGAAUUGAUGCUGCUGUCACUGAUGGCGUUGAUGUGAUCUCAAUCUCUCUCGGAGUAGAGGAUUUAGUUCCAUUCUUUAAUGAUAGCAUUGCAGUAGCCUCAUUUGCAGCAAUUCAAAAAGGAAUAUUUGUAAGUUGCGCAGCAGGAAACUUCGGCCCUUUCAACGACACAAUACGGAAUGGAGCCCCAUGGAUUCUAACUGUUGGAGCAAGCACCAUUGAUAGACACAUCAAAGCCACAGCAAAACUUGGAAACGGGGAAGAACUUGAUGGUGAGUCCGUGUUCCAACCAGAUGACUUCCCUCAAACAUCAUUGCCUCUCGUUUACACCGGAUCCAAUGGCAAAUCAAAUUCUUCUUUCUGCGGUGAGGGAUCCUUUAAAGGUAUAAAUGUCAAAGGAAAAGUAGUAUUGUGUGAUCGAGGAGGAGGGAUAGCAAGAAUUGCUAAAGGAGAGGAAGUGAAAAAUGCUGGUGGUGCAGCAAUGAUUCUCAUGAACCAAGAAACUGAUGGCUUCAGCACUGCAGCCGAUGCUCAUGUUCUGCCUGCAACACACGUGAGUUAUGCUGCCGGACUGAAGAUCAAAGCCUAUAUUAACUCAACAACAACACCUGUCGCAGCAAUCUUGUUCAAAGGAACUAUCAUCGGAGAUCCAUUGGCUCCUACUGUUGCUUCUUUUUCCUCGAGAGGGCCAAACACAGAAAGUCCAGGGAUUCUGAAACCAGACAUUAUUGGACCUGGGGUCAGCAUUCUUGCUGCUUGGCCAUUACCUCUCAAUGAAAACUCGAAAUCCAUAUUCAAUGUAAUGUCUGGCACUUCAAUGUCAUGCCCUCAUCUCAGUGGUGUGGCAGCAUUGCUCAAAAGCUCUCACCCUUAUUGGUCACCAGCUGCCAUUAAAUCUGCUAUAAUGACCUCGGCUGAUUUGGUGAAUGUCAACGGCGCACCAAUUGUCGAUCAAACACUUCAACCAGCAGACAUCUUUGCCACCGGUGCAGGCCAUGUUAACCCAUCAAAGGCAAAUGAUCCCGGGUUAGUUUACGACAUCCAACCUAACGAUUAUCUCCCAUACUUGUGCGGUCUAGGAUAUACAGAUGAGCAAGUUGGGAUCAUUGUGCACAGGCCAAUCAAAUGCUCAGAAGAAUCAAGCAUAAUCGAAGGAGAACUAAACUACCCUUCAUUUUCAAUUGCACUAGGCACAUGUCAAACAUUUACGAGGACCGUGACAAAUGUGGGUGAAGCAUACUCUUCUUAUUCUGUCAGGGUUACUGCACCAAAAGGAGUAGAUGUGAGCGUUGAGCCAAAUAUGCUUUAUUUCUCAAAGUUGAACCAGAAGGUAUCAUAUUCAGUAACAUUCAGCCGCCACAGUGGGAUGACCAGCAAGUUUAGCCAAGGGUGUUUGGAAUGGGUUUCCACCAAACACAUUGUCAGGAGUGUAAUCUCUAUUAAGUUUACCUAA